AGUCGCGGAGGUGUACGCCGCUGUCUGGGAGUUCAUAACCUCCACCGCUUGUGCCUCGAUAUACACAUGUCUUUGCUCUUGCCAAUCGAGGGUUGAAGAGCUGCGCCAUACUGUCGAAAUUCGGUUGAGCCCGGUCUGAGCAAUUUGUAGCCCAGCUGAGCCACUGCAGACGGUGCUCUCUAAAGCUGUCGGCCUACGUCACCAGACCUGUGUUGUGCCUGCUCCUGUCGGAUAUAUGAGAAGGCACAGCGCGAUACUUGCAUCUUCCACGCGCCCACUUCUCACCAAACACACCCUUCGACCUCCAAAAUGAAAGGCUUUCUCCACAAAGCGAAAGACCAGGUCCAAAACUCGCUGCAAAGAGAGCCAAAAGCUCCCCCGCCUGUUCCUGGAAAGAAGCCGUCUAUUUUCGGGGGAGGUACACCCCAAGGAGGCCAACCUCCGCCGCCUGUUCCUGGGAAGAAGCCGUCUAUCUUCCAACGCGAUGCACCCCAGCGACACCAGCGUUCUGCCAUCACUAAACCAACCGCACACCAGAAAGACCAGCCGUCUUCCAUCUCGAUACCAGACGCACAGGAAGUGUCACGCUACCGGUACCAUCAUGGAGCGAAUUUGGGCUCCAUAUACGUGCUCGAAAAGUGGCUGCAUGGGUCAAUGUUUCCCCCGAACGCUGCACCAGGUCGAACGAGCGAACUUGAAGCGGUAAAGCUAUGGGUUGGCCAGAUAGGGCUGGACGCAGCGCGCGCAAAGUUUGAGGCACACUGGAGAACCGCUGUGUCUGAUAGUGAUCUGGCGUGGCUCUCAAAAUCAGCGAAUUGCACCACUCUACGUCUACCAAUCGGCUAUUUCACUCUUGGUCCCUCAUUCUGUCAAGGAACUCCCUUUGAACCAUACGCCUCAGUCUACACUGAUGCAUGGUCCUCAAUCCAAACCCUCAUCACGCGCCUCUGGUCCUUCCGCAUCGGCGUCCUCCUAGACCUCCACGCCUUACCCGGCGGCGCCAACGGCGGCGAGCACAGCGGCACUAACUCUGGCAAAGCAGACCUCUGGAACUCAGCUUCGAACCUCAACCUCGGUCAACGCUGUGCCGAAUUCCUUGCUCAGCAAGUCCGAGAUCACCUCACUGGCGUCGUCGGCAUCCAGCUCUGCAACGAAGCAAACUGGGACGCGCCUGGCAUGUACUCUUGGUACGACCGCUGCAUCGCCAGCAUCAGUGCCAUUGACCCCAGCAUCCCCGUCGUCAUUUCCGAUGGCUGGAACCUCUCCAAGGCUCUCGAUUACGUCGGGAAGAAGAACGUCGCGUACCCUGACCAACCGACAUGCCCGGUCAUCGUAGACACGCACUACUACUGGGCCUUCUCAGACGCUGACAAGAGAAAAUCACCUCAAGCCAUCAUCGCUGAAGCUAAGACGAAGAUGAGCGAGCUAGACGGCAAGGAAGGCAGUGUCCUCGACCGCGGUGCUUUCCAAAUCAUUGUAGGUGAGUACAGCUGCGUCAUGACAGAAGACUCCUGGAGAAAAAGCGGCGGCGCGCCCAAGUCGGACCUUGUGAAGCAGUUUGGCCAGGCGCAGUCCCAGCGAUACCAGGAGCGAUCCGGCGGCAGUUACUUCUGGACAUACAAAAUGAACUGGCUCCCCGGCGGUGAAUGGGGCUUCAUCGCCCAAUCCAACUCCGCCACCAUCACGCCUCCCCCAAACCUCCGCAUCGCCGACGUAACCAGACGCAUCGCCAACGCCAACGACAAACAAGCCGACCUCAUGACGGUCUCCAUCUCCGCCCACUGCGGCUACUGGGACCGCACCGCGCCCGGCAAGCCCUUCGAGCACUGGCGCUACGAGCAGGGGUGGAAGCUCGGCUUCGGCGACGCCUCCGCGUUCCUGGGCAUGAAUAGCCAGCCGGGCUACUCGGAGCAAUAUGCGCCGGGGGGCGACAAGAUUGGGAAUCUGGAGCUGUGGGUGCUGAAGAGGAUCCGGGACAGCGGUAUGGGGGGCCCGUGUGUGUGGGAGUUUGAGCAGGGGCUUAGGGCGGGCAUUAAGGAUUUCUAUGGGGCGGCUGGGGUGUGAGGGACAGCAGAUGCCGCAAGCAUGAGAUUGUGAACUAGACGGGUGGAUGACGGUGGGUUGAGGGGGUCUUUGGUGCUGUUGUUGGGUAGGCAGGAUGCAGUUUAGCCUGGCGUGGUUUGGCUUGUAUGGCUUCUAGAAUAGGUAAUUAGGUGUUAAAGGCAGAAACGGCCGAAUCAGAAGCUGGCGUUGUGGUUAUGCGCAUAUAAACAACACACUUGAAGAGCCCCUGAAGGGCUAGAAAAAAUUGGUGGCCAAUGUUUGUAUACUUUCACGAGCUAAUCCAGGGUAUCA